AUGAACCUUUCAAAUGCCGGCAGGAAUUUCACAACAGCUGUCUAUCGGGACACUUUAAACUCAGCUAUAGUCAAAAAUGUGAUUACUGUGGUUCUCUGCAUCUCCAUCAACUUUGUCAACGGUACCCUGGUGCACACGUUCACAAAACACCAGGUUUUCAAUAUGAACCCUCGCUACAUCCUGUACAUCCACCUGGUGAUCAAUGACAUCAUCCUGCUGACCCUGUUCACCCUCAUUCAGGUCCUAAGUUACAUCGUGUUCACCGUUAACGUCUCCUUAUGUGUCGUUCUGCUAAUGAUCGCUAUAUUUGCCAAUCUAAACAAUCCUUUGACACUAGCCGUCAUGGCAGUGGAGUGCUACAUCGCAGUAUGCUUCCCUCUCCGCCACAGCCAGAUCUGUUCGGUGAGGAAAACAUACGUUGUAAUCGGCCUGAUAUGGCUGAUAAGUACACUCUCAAUCUUACCAGAUUUAUUUGUUGCUCUUGCAACAGAAUCCUUGGAAUUCUUUCGUUCCAGAGUUUUUUGUCUUAGAGAAAACGUUUUCAGAAACCCCGAUCUGAUGGAGAAGAGAGACGUGUCCAACACAGUGUGUUUGGUAUUGGUGUGGCUCUCUCUUUUCUAUACGUACUUCAGGAUCCUGUUUACGGCGCAGGCAGCAGCUGCAGAUGCCAAAAAAGCCAGGAACACCGUCCUCCUCCACGGCUUCCAGCUGCUGCUGUGUAUGCUCACCUAUGUUUUUCAUCUCAUGCUAGACGGCCUGACAUAUUUGUUCCCAAAAGGGGUUCUGGACAUUCGCUUCACUAUUUCCAUGUUUGUUCAGGUUCUGCCUCGACUCAUUAGCCCAGUUGUUUAUGGGCUACGAGACAAGACAUUCAGGAAGCACCUGAGAAGAUCUCUGCUCUGUACAACUACUGCCAACGCUCACCCACGAAAAACUCUAAAGAGGCCAUGA